AUGGAUCCCAUUGAGCUUUUGCAAGGCAGCGCCAAUGGCCCUCUCACUCCCCUCUUCCUAGUACAUGCCGUAUCCGGCCUCGCCCUCCCCUAUCUGGCAUUGGGGCCCCUCGACAAGACUGACUGCCGUCCUGUCUACGGUAUCACUUCGCCCAUCUACAGCAGCCCAAUCUACAAACUCCCAUCCUCAUUAGACGAUGUGGCGCGGCGGUACGUCACACGCAUCCGCCGAGAGGUUCAGCCCGAAGGGCCGUAUCUUCUUGGUGGAUGGUCAAUGGGGGGAAUGAUUGCUGUUAGAAUGGCGAAGGUCCUGCAAGAGAUGGGCGAGAAGGUUCUCCAUGUUAUUAUGAUCGACUCGGCGAACCCAGAAAGCUUCCCUGCGUUCAAAUCAAAAGAAGCACACGACGCGAUGACAAACACCAUGUUCGAUGCGAUAACGAGGCGGAUAACACCGCCUCCGUCGGCAGAAACUGACACCUUCUUCCCCUCGCCUAUCUCUGAAGAAGACGUAGCAUUCGAAUCCGACGCGGUGGAUCUUGCCAAUCUCCUAACCCUGAUGCGCAAUCAUAUAUCGAAUGGGCUACGUAUCAUCUCCGAGGCCAAGCCGAGUACCUCCUCGAAAACCAGGUAUGAGACUGAGGUUACACUCAUCAAAUGCACCUCGUUUGUGGCACCGCCACGGCGGUACGGCGUGAAGAAGCCAGUUAUACACUGCAAGACCAUGAACUGGAAAACGAAAGACUUUGACAGCUUUCAAACCAUCCUGUUCAGCGGCGAUCAUGACGGCGCUUUCGAUGAACGAUACGUCGGCGAGCUGACGGCAAUCAUGGAAAGUAUUCUUUCAACUGUUAACUGA